GUUAAGAAGGUUUUAUAUUUCCACCAGUUGACUAUAAAUACCUAACCGACUUUGGUCAUAGGUAUCAAUCAAUCUUAAGCUUUUGUUCAAGCAACAGUCGCAGACAAGCAAAUCCAAACACUUCAAUAUGUUCAAAUACGCCGUUGUACUCUUCGCUCUGAUCGCCUGCGCCGCCGCCAAACCCGGUCUCCUUGCUGCCGCUCCAUUGGCCUACGCUGCUCCCGCCGCCGUCGUAGCUGCUCCAGCCCCAGUGGUGACCGCCACCAGCAGCCAAGUGAUCGCUCGUAACUACAAUGGCAUCGCUGCUGCUCCAAUUGUUUCCGCCGCUCCCGUAGCCGCCCCUGUGGUUGCCCGUUAUGCCGCUGCUACCCCUCUGGCCGCUCCAUUGGUUGCGUCACACUACGCCGCCGCUCCUUUGGCUGCCCAUUAUGCUGCCCCCCAACUUCUGUGGUGAAAAGUGUGUUGAAUUGAAUCUUGCCAAACGAAUCAAUAAACUAG